UAGGUUUUACCGUUCCUAAUCCAUGGCUCCCCCACAGGUUCACCGUCUCCCAACCUCAACCUACAUGCGCGUUGCCUCUUCCUGGAGGUCUCCACUUCCCUCGUCCCUGCCACUAGCCAAAAGCUUUUCUCGAAGUUCCGUAUUGCGGCCAGCUGCGGUCAGAUCCUUCGUCCGAUCUUCUUCGCCUCCGUCGUCGUUGACGUCGUCCACCAUUUCGUCGUCCCUUUCGCGAUCCUCGCCGCGACUAUCGCUCUUCGCGAAAUUCUCAUCGUUUUCGUCGUCCCGGUCUUCGCCAGUCAUGGCUGCGGCUCCGUGCGUACAAGCGCUGGAGCAACGCCUUCCCACUUCACCAGUCAGCCUGCCUUUCUCGUCGCUCCAUCUUCACGCCGACGGCCGGCCGAGAAACCGCUGUAGGGUCAAGCUCAGCGACGAAGCGGCGUACUUCCACCCGCUGACGGCUAGCCGUCAAGCUUACACCGGCGUGACGGUUUGCGCUGCCGGAGGAGGCGGAGCGGCGAUCCCGACAAGCGAUCUACCGCCGGAGGAGAAGCAGAAGGAGACGGCCAGGGAUAGCGGGGAUGGUGCAGGAACGAACGGGGGAUUAACAGGAGAUUCGAAGGAGGGGAAGAAGGAGGAGGAGGUGAUGACGCUGCCGACUAUGCUGACGAUCGCUCGCGUCGUCGCAGUUCCAGCCAUAAUUCCUGCUUUCUUCUUCACUCCGGGAAUUGCUACCACAAUUUUUAUCAUGGCCUCAAUCACUGAUUGGCUGGAUGGUUACCUCGCUCGGAAGAUGAAUUGCAGCUCCACAUUUGGUGCAUUUCUGGAUCCUGUGGCAGAUAAACUCAUGGUAGCAGCAGUGCUCGUCCUUCUCUGCACAGAACCUGCCCCAACUAUCGCCUUCCUGCCAUGGGCCCUCCCCUCCUGGACCAUCGCUCUCCCCGCCAUCGCCAUGAUUGGCCGAGAGAUCGCCAUGUCAGCGGUCCGGGAAUGGGCGGCGGGGGAGGGGGAGAAGCUGAGGAAGGUGGUGGCAGUUAGCGGAUACGGCAAAUGGAAAACAGCCACUCAGAUGGUUGCAAUUACAAUAUUGCUUGCCAUCAGGUCGCCCAUGUUACAAUUACCCGUAGUUGGACCUCUGAUUGGUACAUCAGGGGUGGUGCUUUUGUACACGUCUGCAGUUCUUGCCGUUGCCUCAUUCGCCAUAUACAUCCGUUCUAUUGCUGGAGCUCUUCGCAAGUUGUAACUUGUAACCAUCUGCCAUCAAAGGCCAGAUAGAAGACCCCCAGCUCUUAUCUCAUACUGCCCUUAAGUAAAGAGUUGCUCAUAUCAAAACGCCUGAAAGAUGUCUUCAAUGGCAAUCCCAAAUAUGAGAUAGAUGCCUAAUAAAAGACCCUACUCCAU